AUGGGGAGAAGAAUGGAGGCCCCCUCCUCGCCCGCGCCCCGCCUCGUCGUCGUCCUCUUCCUCCUCGCCUCGCUGCUGCUGCAUGCGCGCGCCGACGACCCCUACAGGUUCUACACCUGGAACGUCACCUUCGGCGACAUCUACCCGCUCGGCGUCAAGCAGGAGGUACGCCCCGCCCGCACGGCCUCUGUUCUUCUACCUUGGUUCGCCCUGCAUUUCGGCAAUGGCCGCGUGGAUGUGACUGCGAAUGCGACUGCGGUGCAGGGGAUACUGAUCAACGGCCAGUUCCCGGGGCCGCAGAUCGACGCCGUCACCAACGACAACAUCAUCGUCAAUGUCUUGAACAACCUGCCGGUCCCCUUCCUCCUCUCCUGGCAAGGAAUUCAGCAGAGGAGGAGCUCAUGGCAAGACGGCGUGUAUGGUACCAACUGCCCGAUCCCUCCGGGUGGCAAUUUCACUUACAACAUGCAGUUCAAGGACCAGAUCGGGACAUACUACUACUUCCCUUCCCUUCUAUUUCACAAGGCAGCCGGUGGUUAUGGUGGCAUCAGGGUUCUUAGCCGGCCGAGGAUCCCCGUCCCGUUUGACCCACCUGCCGGUGAUUUCACCAUAUUGGCUGGUGAUUGGUUCAAGCUCAACCACACUGAUUUGAAAGGCAUUUUGGACAGUGGUAAUGACCUGCCGUCUCCUGAUGGCCUUCUUAUUAAUGGUCAAGGCUGGAAUGGCAACAGAUUUACGGUAGACCAAGGGAAAACAUAUCGUUUUCGGGUGUCGAAUGUGGGCAUUGCAACAUCAGUGAAUAUAAGGAUUCAAGGCCAUUCCAUGCUCCUGGUUGAGGUGGAGGGGUCCCACACCAUGCAGAGCACAUACACAUCCAUCGAUGUCCAUCUAGGCCAAUCAUACUCGUUCCUUGUUACUGCUGAUCAGCCACCUGCAGACUACUCCAUAAUUGUCUCCACUCGUUUUACCACCCCUGUCCUCACCACCACUGCUAUCCUCCAUUACAGCAAUUCAAAUGGUGCUGCAACGGUACCGCCUCCCGCAGCGCCUACAGUUGAGAUCGAUUUUUCACUCAACCAGGCUAGAUCGAUUCGGUGGAAUCUGACAGCGAGUGGACCAAGGCCAAAUCCUCAAGGCUCUUACCACUACGGUCUCGUCAACACCACAAGAACCAUCAGACUCGCCAACUCACGGGCAACCAUCAACGGCAAGCUGAGAUACGCAGUCAACAGCAUCUCCUUCAUCCCGGCCGACACUCCUCUUAAGGUCGCUGAUUUCUACAAGAUUCCGGGAGUUUUCACGCUGGGCAGCAUGCCCGACAACCCAACGGGUGGCGGCGCGUACCUCCAGACAUCUGUCAUGGCGGCCAACAUGCGGGACUAUGUCGAGGUCGUCUUUGAAAACACGGAGAACUUCGUGCAGUCGUGGCACAUUGACGGUUACGCGUUCUGGGUCGUCGGGAUGGAUGGAGGACAGUGGACACCUGCUAGUCGUCAGGGCUACAACCUUAGAGACGCCAUUGCUCGGUACACAUUGCAGGUGUACCCUCAGUCAUGGACAGCUAUCUACAUGCCGCUGGACAACGUGGGGAUGUGGAACGUGAGGUCGGAGAGCUGGGCCAGGCAGUACCUCGGCCAGCAGUUCUACCUCCGUGUCUACUCGCCGGCGAACUCGUGGCGGGACGAGAACCCGAUCCCCAAGAACGCGCUGCUCUGCGGCCGGGCCUCUGGGCGCCGGACGAGGCCUCUCUGA